AUGGCUUCCUCCCGCGAGCCGUCGGAGACUGACGCGCUGCUGGCGCCGCCCACCCCCACCGCUGUGCGUGUGUCCAUCUCUAACGCUGACGACGACGAGAGCGACACGCUGUCCUCUGGUCAGGACGUGGUCGUCGAAGAUCCGCGUCGUUUCCCGGCCCUGGCACGCACAGCGUCUGCUCUUCGCUCUCCAUCCUCCAUUCUGCGCUCGCCCAUGCCGCGCUUCGCACUAGACGGCCCUCGUUUCCCCAGUUGGAGAGUCAACAGUCGCAGCCCCAUGCCGCAGAUCUCGCAGUUGGAGUCGCACGUACGCGAACAAUACCCGACGUACGGCGUGCAGCGCACGCACUCCUUCCCAAGCGACCUGUACUCUGGCGCCCGGUUCUCGCGCUUCGAGAUCGAGGAAGCUCUGCGUCAACGCAAUGGCACGACGCUGUUGGACUGGCUUAAGGGCAAAGGACGCAAUCCAUUCUCGGCUGCCACACGCAAGCAGGAGCAGAAGGCAAAGGACAAAGAGAAACGUGCCAAGGCGCAACACCGCGAGUCCUACAGCUACGACUUCUUCGAGAGCAGAGUCAACAUGCAACACGACCAGGAACAGACCGAGAGCGCCAUCCGCUCGCUCAAUAUCGCGCGUUGGGUCAUGACGUUCGGUGUGGGACUGGGAACAGCCCUCGUGGCUUGCUUUGUCGAGUUCUGGACGUCGCUGUUGUCCACAUUCCGUACCGCCACAAUGGCGUCGCUCGUUGCAGGCGAGAUGGAGGGAUCUCGCAGUUUCGGCACCGGCUACUUGGUCUACGCGCUCAUUAGUGUGGGCUUCGUGUCUGUCGCUAGCUACUGUGUCGCAAUUCUCUGUCCCGUGGCCGGUGGGUCUGGGAUCUCCGAGAUCAAAGCGACACUUAACGGGAUCAAGAUCCACCGUGUAGUGCGUCUGAAAACGCUGUUCUGCAAGGCGGUUGGCAUCCUCUUCAGUGUGUCUGGAGGACUGCCAGUGGGGAAAGAAGGACCUAUGAUCCACAGUGGCUCGGUGAUUGGUGCUGGACUGUCACAGGGGAAAUCCUCGAGCUUCGGGCUGGACACAAGCUGGACCAAGUUCAAAGGGUUCCGUAACGACAAGGAGAAGCGCGACUUCAUCUCGUGUGGUGCUGCUGCGGGUGUGGCGGCUGCCUUUGGCGCUCCCAUAGGUGGCGUUCUGUUCGCACUGGAAGAAGGAGCGUCAUUCUGGCACCAGAAUCUCACGUGGCGCACCUUCUUCUGCGCUAUGGUGUCGGCUUUCGUGCUCAACUACUUCAUGUCGUUCAUGGAAGCCAGUGAAUCCAACGGACCGACUCCUGACGUGGGUCAUGUCUUUAUUGGCGGUACAUUAGGCACUCAGACGGGAACCUUUACGUUCGGACAGUUCGCUGGCAGUAAGGCCUACGAAGUGUUGGAUGUUCCUGUGUUUAUCCUCAUGGGGAUGGUGGGUGGGCUAUUCGGCGCUGGUUUCAACAGUGCCAACACAAUUCUGACCAAGUUCCGCAAACGCUACGUGACGCACCGCUUCCUGCGUUUCGGUGAGACUUUGUUGAUCGCGUUUAGUAUGGCCACAGCGUCGUUCUGGCUGUCGUACUACUUCGGGACUUGUCGCGAGCUUGCUGGAGACUACAGUGACUCGUUGUCGCGGUUCUAUUGCCCCGAGGGUCAGUAUAACGACUUGGCAUCCUUAUUUACAGUCAACUACGCUACCAGUAUGAAGCAACUGCUGCACUUUACGGGCGAGGCCAGCUUCACGCCGUUCUCGUUAUGUAUGUUCUUCGUCGUGUUCUACAUCUUCGCGUGCUGGACGUAUGGUAUCGCUGUGCCCUCUGGUCUGUUUGUGCCUAGUCUGCUGGCUGGUGCAGCCUACGGUCGUAUCUGCGUCAUGAUCGUCCACUACCUGGGCUUCCCUGUCGGCGCUCAAGAUGGAAUGUUCGCGUUGAUUGGCUCUGCUUGUAUGCUUGGUGGCAUGGCACGUAUGACGAUUUCACUGACAGUCAUCAUUCUGGAGUGCACGGGUGUGAUUGAGUGGGGUCUCCCUAUUAUGGUGUCGCUAAUGGCUGCUCGCUGGGUCGGGAACAGCUUCAACGAAGGGUUGUACGACAUCCACAUCCACUUGAAUCACUUGCCGUUCCUAGAGUUCGAUCCUCCCUACUACGCCCGAUUCUUACGAGUGGUAAACAUCAUGAGCUCGCCGCCCAAAUGUGUACCGCAGAUCGCCAAGGUGGGAGAGAUCUACGACGUGCUCAAGAACUGCAAUCACGGUGGCUUCCCUGUGAUUAUCCCUCGCAGCCAAGACGGACCCAGUUCCGGUGGUAAACGCAAGUCUCCUCGCUUCUCUGGGAUCAUUUAUCGUCAUCAUUUGGCUGUCUUACUGCAACGCAAGGACUUUUUCAUUGAGAAACCGGAGCCGUUCGUCCGCACGCCUGCUAGCGACACGACGCUGUUGUACAACGACCAGUAUGCGUUAUCGUACCGUGACAUGGAAGGCAGCUAUCCACGUUACCCGUCCAUCAAUGACAUUCAGCUGGACGAGGAGGAAAGAGACUUGUGGAUGGAUCUCACGCCGUACAUGAACCCCACGCCUCACACUGUUCAAGAGCAGACUCCGGUGCCGCGUGCUUUCCGUUUGUUCCGAUCGUUGGGACUUCGUCACCUCAUUGUGUUGAACCGACGAAACGAAGUUCGUGGAGUGAUCACACGGAAGGACUUGACCCCGGCGCAUCUCAAGUUUUGCCUCGAAUCUCUCAGCGAGACGGAGAAGCAACGCAUCCAAGGUUAUUUCCACCGCGAUCGAUCAGGCUCGGAGCGGUUCGAGGACGUGGAGAAGAAAUUGCUCAGCAUCAAUGACAACUCGUAA